CUAAAGCGUUUGUUAUCACCUCAAAUUAUGAAUGUCUAAAGGCCCAGUUACAAAGACUAUAGAAGAUAUGGGAUCCAAAAUAAUAUCUGCCCCUUAUGUUUGGGCAGCAUCAUUCAGAAUUAACCACCUUUUGAGUAUCCCACAUCAGCCAGAUUCAUUGGUCUUCAACUGGAGUGGACACCCCUGUACAAUAUGAAUGGCUUCACAACCUCUCCCACCUCAAAAGGGUUGCUCCACCUACAACUGGAGCCGACAUGGAGAAAAGUGGAAACAUUCAGCUGGAGAUUCCUGACUUCAGCAAUUCUGUCCUGAGCCACCUCAACCAGCUGCGCAUGCAGGGCCGGCUAUGUGACAUUGUAGUCAAUGUGCAGGGCCAAGCAUUCAGAGCACACAAAGUAGUACUGGCUGCCAGUUCACCUUACUUCCGGGACCACAUGUCGCUCAACGAGAUGAGUACGGUUUCCAUCUCUGUCAUCAAAAAUCCCACUGUUUUUGAACAACUCCUCUCUUUUUGCUACACGGGCCGGAUAUGCCUCCAGUUGGCUGAUAUCAUAAGCUACCUGACUGCAGCAAGUUUCCUGCAGAUGCAACAUGUUAUAGACAAGUGCACACAGAUCUUGGAGGGCAUUCAUUUCAAAAUUAACGUAGCCGGCGUUGAAGCAGAAUUGAGCCAAACCAGGGCAAAGCAUCAAGAACGGCCUCCAGAAUCUCACCGGGCUUCCCCAUCUCUGAAUCGCUCUCUGAGUCCACACCACAGCACCCCGAAAGGAAGCCGCAUGGGCCAGGUCAGCACUGUGCUGGACAUUCGGGAACUUAGUCCUCCUGAGGAGUCUACAAGCCCUCAGAUAAUUGAGCAGAGCUCGGAUGUGGAGAGCAGGGAGCCCAUACUGAGGAUUAAUAGGGCAGGUCAGUGGUAUGUGGAGACGGGAGUGGCAGACCAUGGUGGGCAGGGUGACGAUGAGGUCAAAGUUCUUGGAGCAGUACGAAUCAAAACGGAGAACCUGGAGGAGUGGCUGGGGACAGAAAACCAGCCAUCCGGAGAAGAUGGGAGCAGUGCUGAGGAGGUCACUGCCAUGGUGAUUGAUACCACAGGCCAUGGAUCAAUGGGACAGGAAAGUUACACAUUAGGCUCAUCAGGAGCAAAAGUGGCCAGGCCAACCAGCACAGAGAUUGACAGAUUUAGCCCUUCUGGUAGUGUGGUUACUGUAAAUGAGCGGUACAGGUCAAAAAGUGAAUCUCCAUGGCGGGUGGAUGAACCCAAACAACCCAGUUCCCAGGUGGAGGAGUCUGCUAUAGUUGGAGUGAGUGGCUAUGUUGAAUAUCUCCGUGAGCAGGAAGUAUCUGAGAGGUGGUUUCGCUACAACCCGCGUCUCACUUGCAUCUAUUGCGCCAAAUCCUUCAAUCAGAAGGGUAGCCUGGACCGGCACAUGCGGCUCCACAUGGGCAUCACACCCUUUGUUUGCCGUAUGUGCGGCAAAAAGUAUACUCGCAAGGAUCAGUUGGAGUACCAUAUCCGCAAACACACGGGAAACAAACCCUUUCACUGCCAUGUCUGCGGGAAGAGCUUCCCCUUCCAGGCCAUCCUCAACCAGCACUUUCGUAAGAAUCAUCCUGGCUGCAUGCCUCUGGAGGGGCCGCACAGCAUCUCCCCAGAGACCACAGUUACGUCAAGAGGGCAGGCGGAGGAGGAAUCUCCUCUUCGGGAAGAAGCCAAUAUGGCGGGGGAGACAGCCCAGGGAUCUGUGUCCACCACUGGGCCAGACUGAAGAGGAAUGCAGAAUGGGUGAGAGGGAUCCUCUCAGUCCGUGAGCAAAGCCCCUUGAGAUGGUGAGCUUGAGUUCUCAUUUGUGCAAUGUCGCCGCUGGACAAAGAAGCUCCCAAGAUGUUGCCAAAAUAGAAAUGAUAUGAAAACAAAGUGCUAAAAGCUCACCUCCUUUUCCUCAUCUCCUUUUGAGGGGACGACACAAAAACUGGGUCAACUAACCUCCGAUUCAGGGAUUGACAGCUUUUUUUUGGAUGGGGAGAAGCUUUUUUUAAAAAAAAUAUCCAGUAGUGAUCAAGGAAUGACAGCUUUUUCAUUUUCUUGGCAUCAGACCCUGUGGUCCUGUGGGCUGUAGAGGUCUAGCUGUGGUGAGUGCAGAGCACCAAUAUCUCUAUUCAUCACAGUAGUUGUGCCACUGAAGAAGUAAUGGGGACAAUAAUUAGUUCUCCCUCUCUCUUUUCCCCUCCCCCUCACAAAAUAAUCUUCCAGGUAAUUAUUUUUGAGAAGAAUGGUUGUCCUGGUAGAACCUAACUUGUCUGAGUGUAUUUUAUCUCAUUUUAUUUUGGCGUGUCUUUUUAAAAUUGACCCAUUACUUAAGGGCUUUCUGUUUUGUGUCUUGGCUUGCCCAUUCUAGGUGUGUGGUCUUGCCUGUUUGUGAUGAGGCAAGUCUCUUUUGAUCAGUAUUUUAGAGGUGACACAAUAUUUAAUUAAGUAAGCUACCGAAAAAGACGGUAGUAGCUGUGAAGCUCUGCCAUGUUUGAUGGGAGAUAUUUUCAGUUGUGAAAUGUGGAUAAUGCAGAACACUUUGCAAUUCUUGCUCAAUUUCUGGGCUCUGCAAAGACUGAAAAGGUAGGAUGAGGUUUCCUGUCAUGAAUAAUUGUUUAAAUAGCGGCUUUGCCUCAAAGGUCAUCUUUUGCCUCCCUUCUAAUAUAACAGCAAUAUUUGUAUAUCAAAAUAAUCAAAUUCCAUUGGAGGGGAUUAUGGCUUGACUGUCUAAGAAUGGUUCUCUAUUUGGUAUUUUUAUAUUAAAAAUGCAAAAAAAAAUAUGCAUUAGUAAUAAUUCAGAAAACUCACUUUCCAGUUUUCUACAAGCAGUGAUAGCUAUUCCUUGAGCCUUUGUAGUAUUUUUCACAUGAGUUUACUGGGAAGAUAACAGUGCCGCUGCCAAACCCAGCAAAUAUGCACUUGCCUCAUGUUUCCUAAUAUAUUGCUUGUUAGUGUAAGGAUGCAGGCAUGGGAGGGCAAAUCUCUUGAACUUUUGUUUGAGACUUGCAAAAUAAGCAGCAGUUCAAGCUCUGCUUUAGUGUUGCGUUGUAUUGAUGUACAAAAAAAGCUGGUAUCAUGCCAAGCAGAUGAUGUGGAUCUCAAGAAAAUAGCUGAUAAGAUGAAAAAGCAAGCUAAUUGGGGAAGGUAUCAAAAUGGGGAGGGGAGAAAUCAUGCUAUCAUAAUGGGGAGAGAGAGAUGGCCUUGUGGUAAACAAGCUUGUGCUUUGUACUAAUAAUUGGCCUUCUUGUAAAAAUGAGGAUAUUUUCUUAAUUCAUGUUUUGGUUGAAAGAAUGAAUGAAAGCAGAAAACUUGUUUAACCCCCCCCCCUCUUUUUCAUUGUUUGGUGUUAACUGAGAAAUUCCUUCUAUUCCCCACCUCACAGCACCAAGGAUGCACUUCUCUGUAAGGUGGGGAGUAGAAUGAAUUUCUCUUUGCAGUCAGAAGACAGGAAACCACCAAUAAAGGUCAACUCAUAAAAGCUUUAAAGAGUUGGAUGAGACCCUCCCAAACUCACACACAUACACUCUCUCAUUUGGACUGAAGCAGGGAGGGUAAUAGAGAGAUACAAAUAUAUAUGCUGCUUUAGUUAUAGCUUUCAAAUUUACCAAAAAGAGUAAAAUUACACUCAAGAGCAUUGGAAAAUAUUUCUAGUUACUUAUACAAAGAUUUUAAGCAUUUAAAAAUAGAACUUUAAAAAUAUUACCAAACUGUAAGGCAUACAUUUAUUUAUCUACACAUAUGUUAUAUAUAGUUAUAAUGGGGAAGUUUAUCUGCUGAGCUGGUGAUGGUGUAGGUGAUAGCUAUACAGAAGAAUUUUCUCAAAAGCAGAAUUGCAGCAAAAUCCAUCCAAGUUUAGGUGGCAAAGAGUUGAAGUGGAAUAUUGAAUGUGGUAUUCAUGGAGCUGUGAGUUUCUCGAACAAGUUGUAACUGUACUGAUACUGUGAACUGAGGAGCAGCCAAGAAAUCCAGGUUCAUCAUGCAGCAAUUCUCUGCUUGCUGGUAAGACUCCUCUCUAUUUAGCCUGGCCAGAGUCAAUAAGCACUUCUUACAUUUUAGCCUAGGUUUAGUUUUAGAAGAAAAAUAAAGCUUGUGAAAGGUGUUUUUUUAACUUGCCACUGUAGAAAUUAAUCAUUUCUAAUUGCAUGCGAAGGAGCCAAUAUUCUUGCCCAGAUCUCACUGAAGGGAGGUUUACUGCUUGUAGCUAUAGUUCUUGACCUCAUUUAGAUGUAACACUACAUCUUCAUUUGGUAUUAUGAGUUAAAGUCUGCAUAAGCCUUGAGUUCCCACAUUCUCUCCCACCCAUCUUUUGAUGCAGCCACAAUGAGUUCACAAGUUGUUCUGUUUCAGAUUAGCUUGGAAGUUGACCUGUUGUCUGAACACAAACUGAUGGAUCUUAACUAUGAUUUGUUCAUACAGGCUGACUUCAAACCAUAGUCCAUGACGUUGUAUUGCUUCAGUGAACUAUGGUUAACAUUAAUCACAAUUUAAACUUUAGAUGCUAUGAAAAAGGUCAGGUUAUCUAAAACAGAGCCUUCUAGUUUUCUUUUAGCUGCAUUGAAGGAGGAGACGGAGAAGGAAGUAUGGGAGCGCAAGGCUUUCUGUAUUUCAGUCUUGUGACGCUAGGCCACAAUUUAGCAUUAUGUCCAAACAGCAACUGUAAGGAAUAGAACCAGGGAACAUAAUUUUGUGUGUGCAUAUGUGUACAAAGGACUUGGGAGAUCUAGACCUGUUUGGCUCUCAGAUACUCUGUUAGCAAAAUUUAAUCGUUGCCAAAAAAUCCUGAGAUUUUUGUUAUUCAAAGAGCAAGUUUCUAGCCCUGAUUCUAAGAGAGAGAGAUUCCUGUUUGUGGUUUGCAUUAAUAAUUUUGGAGCUAGAGGAAGGAGCAGUUCUUCCAGUAUUCUAGAGGAUCUUGAUAGUACACUUUUAUCUGUGUGUCACCUUCUUUUUCUUGAUGUGUGGCAGAAUAAAUGAGAAUGAAAAGAAACAGAAAUCCUGCAGGGAAAAAUGCAUUUAAAUUGUACACCCAAAUAAAACAUACACAUUACUUGAAUGUA